AUUAGCAUGUUGUUGGUCAUUGGACUGUGUUCAAUGGGGCAGAAAGCCAGACCUGCUGCAGCAGACGCAGUAACUCUCUCUGACCCUCUAACUGCUGCUCUGACCUUUCACUCUUAGGCAGAAUAUAUGCAAUCAGUCACCUCCGCAUCACAACACCAACUGGGUGACAUCACUCAAACAUAUGCAUGCAUCAGGGAGUAAGAAAAUCCUGCCUGGGUUAUGUUUAAUAUAGAUCACUGAGUAACUGACUAAUAUGUAGAGACAAGGGCUGGAAAUGCCAACACACAGAUACAGUGAUGGUGAGAAUACUACUGAUGUUAUUUUAGCCUGACAGUCAAAGGGUACAGUAGUAUAGCAAUGAUAUGUUCAAAAGCUUUUCUGAUAUUCAGACAUUCUAGAAAAGCACGAAUAUCUAUUUCCUGUAUUUCAAUUAGACUUUUUCCAGUCUGUGACGCAUGUUGUCAUAUCAGUACUGUGGAGUACACCGCACCCAGCCUCUUUCCAGAUCUAUCUGGUGUCCACUUCUGUAACUAACCCAAUUAAAGCAGAGCAAUGGCUCUCAUUAUUGAAACUGAGAGGCAACAGCCACUAACAGGCUGUUCUGUGCCUUCCAAACCUGCAGAAACAUUUAAGAUAGAUGUAAAGGUGAAAAUAUUUUGUUUCUCUUCUGUAAAUAUUAAUUCUGCACGCCAUCAGGUGUAUUGUUGUAGCAGCAACUAGUGAGGAUCCUAGUAAAAUACUACAUAUGCGAGUAGUAAGGCCAAAUACAUCAACAAUGAGAAGUGAACACCUUAUGUCAUGCACCUUUUGGAAAUCACCCAUCCUUAGCUGGGCUGGGGAUGGGGGAGGGAACAUGCCCUGCCUUAACUGGGGCCAGGACCCACCUUAGCUGGCUGGGGUCGAGGGACUCGCCUUGCCAUAGCUGCCUGGGGACUCGCCUUGCCUUGCCUUGCUGUCCUCUUGUUUCUGCUGUCCUGUCUCAUUCUGAAUGAGACAUCUCGAGGGAGCCUCCUCGUGGCGCCCGCACAUAUAAAACCAGUGGUUUGCAACUCCCGGACACUGAGUCCAGCCUCGCCCCACGCACGCGUCACCGCUUAAUGCAUGCUUCAGCAGUUCAGCAUCCUCUGCCCCGAACAGCUCGGCGGAAUUAACAGCACAACAGCUACCGGACAAAAUAACUCUCCUCUUCUUUAUAGUAAGUGUGCCCAGAGCUUUUAUUCAUCAUUAUUUAUUCAGAGCAUGAAACGUUCGUUUCAAAAUAUAUAUAUUUGUGGAUUCAUUAUUAAACGUCACUGCUAGUUUAUUCAAUUUCAAAGGGGCUAUUACGAAAAUGUGCAUGAUUAAAAAAUAUCAUCUGCCUUCCUAAUUUCUAAAUCCAGUUUUAUUGUGAAAAAAAGUUACGCUUUUUUUCGCGUUCAUAGUUUGCUACACAAUCAAUGCAAUGCGAUUGCUUUUCGAUGUUAUGCUCAUCCCGCACACAGUCUAGGCUACCAUAGGCUACCUCAUUAGAAUGUGCGUGUCCCUGUGCAGGACGGGUGCCAAGGACCACACCCAUUCCGGCAAGUGCUCUGGUUCUCUGGGGAUGUGCCCGUCCUGUAAGGGACACAGUUGCCAUUAAGGAGAAAGCAGAGGAUGGUGUGUGAGGAAAGGAUGUGAAAUUAGGAAAACAACAGGUGAUGCAGUUUAUGAUAGAAAAACGACGACAGGUAGACUAAUGGUUAAAAGCGUUGGGCCAGUAAGCGAAAAGUUCGAAUCCCGAGCCGAUUCGGUGAAAAACCUUUCAUUGAGCAAGGCACUAAACCUAAUUUAUCAUCAGGUGCAGGCUGCCAGUGCUGAAACUGCUCCAGGGUUUUGGUCAGCAGAGCUGCAGACUACUUGUCUGUCUGUCUGUCUGUCUGUCUGGGUGAGCAGGACAAAAGGAGCAAUGGCUAACAGGGGACCCAGUUACGGGCUGAGCAAGGAGGUGCAGGAGAAGAUAGAGCUGAAGUAUAAUCUAGACUUGGAGGCCCGGCUUGUGGACUGGAUCGUAGCUCAGUGUGGGGGGAACCUGGAGCGACCACAGCCAGGCAGACAGAACUUCCAGACAUGGCUGAUGGAUGGAACAAUUCUCUGUAGGCUCAUCAAUAGCCUGUACCCGCGUGGUAAGGAGCCCAUCAAGAAGAUUCUGGAGACCCAGAUGGCCUUUAAGCAGAUGGAGAAGAUCUCCCAGUUCCUGCAGGCAGCAGAGGUCUACGGAGUCAUCACCACAGACAUCUUCCAGACCGUGGACCUGUGGGAAGGGAAGGAUAUGGCCGCAGUGCAGAGAACUCUGAUGGCCCUAGGUAGUGUCGCCCUCACCAAGGACGAUGGACAUUACCGUGGCGACCGCGACUGGUUCCACAGGAAAGCCCAGGGUUACCGGCGGGAGUUCUCUGAGGACCAGCUUCGUCAAGGCCAGAGUCUGAUUGGUCUGCAGAUGGGAAGCAACCGCGGGGCCUCUCAGUCCGGCAUGACAGGCUACGGAUCGCACCGCCAGAUCAUGUAGAGACACCAGCCAGCCGCUCAGCCAGCUGCCAGCCACUCUCUCAGCAUGGCUGUGUAGUCCAGAAGAAAGCUCCAUCACGCCCCUGGAACCUCAUGAUAUGACCCAACCACUUUUCCCCCUUCCCCAGAAGCACUAGCAAAUCACACACACACACACACACACACACACACACACACACACACACACACACACACACACACACACACACACACACACACACACACACACACUUUUACUGUUCAUCCUCAACCCAAACAGAGUGCUCCUUAUACCCCAACCACAAUUCUAUAGACCUCAGUGCUUUCUGCUUCCCCCACCCCCGCUCUCCAUCCAUAUGGUCCCACUCUCUCCAUCCAUAUGGUCCCACUCUCUCCAUCCAUAUGGUCCCACUCUCUCCAUCCAUAUGGUCCCACUCUCUCCAUCCAUAUAGUCCUGCUAGCCAUUCCCUUCAGUGGACGAAGUCUUCGUAAUUCAGUCGGUACAGAGAACCCAAGAUUGAAGUCAUCCCUCUACAAAACAAGCAAAUAGUAUUUUACACUUCUAACAAAUAUUAUAGCACGAAACGUUAUAGCAUGUUACAUAUUUUAAUUAACUGUUUGUUUGUAUGUACAGUAGGUGUGUCUGAGUCAUUGUAUAGUCAUUUGGGAGGGUUUGCUAUACCUCAUGAAAAGUUUAAUGUGUAACCGAAUGGAACUCAGUGAACGAUGAUGCCUCGGAUGUCUUGUGUCAAUAUGUGAAGACUUUGCGGUAACUUCUGUAACCAAAUGACCAUCACAUUGUGCCUGGUUAAUAUAGCAAAGGGACCAUAAGCUAUGCCUUGUAUAAGAGACCCUAAUGCAGAGGAAUUCAUAGACCUAAAUUCAGUUCUGUUUUUGUACUAACAUUCUGUGCUGUGCAUUUAUUACUUAUGUAUAAUUGAUGUAAUGUACUUGUAUGUGCCCACUGUCCAUGUGUGUUUCAGCCAAUCCCAUGAUUGUUAAAGACCCACAGUAUGAAAGUGACAGUAGGAUCAUUUUGUUCCAGGGCUGAUAUUGCUUGAAUGUAUUUUUUUUCCCUUCAAUGUAAUUGGUCAUGUUUACAUAAACAAAUAUGUUUAUAUCUGAAUCAUUGUGUGUAGAAAACAUAAUAAAUUAGGUGAAAACUGAUUCUGGAAUUGUAUUGUUUUUCUGAUCUGUGAAAUAUACUAAAGUCAUUGCU